CUAGAAGCUAAAGUAAUGGUGGAGGGUACGCUCAGCAUGCCCGCACAGACUCGCGAGACACAAAAAGACUUUGAGUCUAGGAGAGAAGCAUCAUGAAAAGUAUGGACUUUUAGGAAACUUAAAACUCCUCUUUCGUCUGUAGACACCUCGACCCGGAAGGUAACCAUCUGAAGCUAGCCGAGUUUCUACGGGUGCCGGGAGGAGGACGUGUGCACAAUCCUCCUUGCACCACGAGAGGCGCCGGUGUCUCUAGUGGUGGCGUCCGCUUCUACGGAGAUUGCAGCUUCUGUCUGAUUGUUUUUCCUUUCCUCCUCCAUCCCGUCCACAUCCCACAGCUUAGUGUAGAGACCCAUGUUUGGUGGAGCCUGACCAAUCUCACUCCCUUACAGCGGAACUUCCCACCAGAGGAUUGUGGAGACCAGCUAGGUUGAAAUGGAGAACCAAGAAUCAACAGAUUCUUCUCAGAACGCCAAACAGCACAUUAUUUCAGAGGAGUUGAUUUCGGAAGGAAAAUGGGUCAAAUUUGAAAAAACAACUUACAUGGAUCCUACUGGUAAAACUAGAACUUGGGAAACAGUGAAACUCACAACCAGGAAGGGAAAAUCUGCUGACGCUGUGUCAAUCAUCCCAGUGCUGCAAAGAACUCUUCAUUAUGAGUGUAUUGUUUUGGUGAAGCAGUUCCGACCCCCAAUGGGUGGCUACUGCCUGGAGUUUCCGGCAGGGCUCAUUGACGAUGGUGAAAGCCCGGAAGCAGCUGCUCUUCGGGAGCUAGAGGAAGAAACUGGCUACAAAGGCGAUGUUGCUGAAUGUUCUCCAGCUGUGUGCAUGAAUCCGGGCUUGUCGAACUGCACCACACACGUCGUGACGGUGACCAUCAACGGAGAUGAUGCUGCAAAUGUGAGGCCGAAGCCCAGUCCAGGGGACGGAGAAUUUGUGGAAGUGAUUUCUUUACCAAAGAACGACCUCCUGACUAGACUGGACGCGUUGGUAGCAGAAGAACAUCUUACAGUGGAUGCCAGGGUCUACGCCUAUGCUCUGGCACUGAAACACGCGAACUCGAAGCCAUUUGAAGUGCCCUUCCUCAAAUUUUAAGGCCAAGAAGGACACUGGCCAUGUUUUGUAAAUGAGACCAUAAGGCCUUCACCGUUCAAUGUAUUCAAUUAAGUUUAAUGUAGAUCAGAAAUCCGCUUUUUCAUAAAAUAAAAGCAGCCCAGACUGCAUGUGGCAUGGAAUUGUAAUUACAGAGAGGAUGUAGCCUUCAUUUAAACUUGUUAAAUGCUCAUGAGAAAGAACAUAAAUGUAGGUAUGUAUGUUAAGAUUUCUUAAACUUCACCUAGUCUAGAAGGUGAGGGUAUUUCUCAGGAAUAGACUUGAGCUCCAAAUUAGGCUGGCUAUUUCCAUCCUCAACUCCUAAAAUAAAAAUUAUGUACUUAGGUCUGCAAAUAGCUAUUUAUUAGAUUCAAAAUAAGAUUUUGAUUAGAUUUCAAAAUAAGAGGGUUAGGUUUUGUUUUGAGACAAGGUCUCACUCUGCUGUUCUCACUAGCCUGAUAAUUGCUUUGCAGACUAGAGAUCCCCUGCCUGUCUCUGCCUCUCCAGAUGCUAGGAUUGAAGGUACACACCACCACACCUGGCCAAAAUAAGAGUUUUAAAAGAGAGACUCUGAUAGGGAGUUAAUUGGCUUCUCCUAAUUCUAAUUGAUUUGCCAUAUGGAAUUUGGGUACUUUAAAUGUAAAGUCAACAGAGAACAACGUUUGCAGUAAAUACUUAGCUACUUGUAGUACAUGCUUGUAAUCCACCUUUUUGGGAGGCUGAGGCAAGAUCAUAAAUGUGGCCAGCCUGGGCUGCAUAAUGAAACUUUAUCUUAAAAAUAACUUUUAAAAUGUAUUUGAUAUCCUUGUAAGGCCAUUUCAUUCCUAAAACAUGUCAAGACUAAUGCUUCCGUAGUGAACAUGGUUAACUCUUAAUAUAUUAAAGGCUAAGUUAAGAGAUUGAAAACUCAGGGUCCUUCCUGCAAGUGUGCAUAUACUUUAAUUUCCUAUCCUUACCUCAGAAAAUUGUCUACUAAAGCUAAAUCCAUAGGAAGAUUGGCAUUGACUCCACAUGUAUAUUAAUGUCAACGGGCAUGGGUAUAGGGAGAUAUAUUAGCCAGCUAUCUGAAAGGUAAAACUAUACUGGGAAUGCAACAAUGGUUUCCAUCGAGUGCCUGGAAAACUCAUCAGCCAACAGUUCUGCCAGUGCCCUUGUGAUGAGCUCGGCUAUGUGGUCUUGCAGUUCAGCCUCCAGCAGCACUCUCAGCAUGAUGCUUGCGGCCAGCUCAGUAUGUCUGCAGCUGGAUCCAGGUUCAAGGCAAACUCUCUGAACCCUACACAGUGGUUUACCGACAUACAGUCAGGAUCCAUGCUAAGUGUUAUCACCGACAGGUAUUUUUACGAAAAAGUAUAAGCUCUUUCUACAAAUCUUUAUAUUGGACUUGAGGAUGGAAAUAAUUCUGGAAUUUUAUAAACCAAAUCUGCUUUCCUAAUGAA